ACAAAACAUUAAUUGUAGUAUGAAAGUCGUUAUAAUGGGUCAAUUAAACCUGUGUAUAAUAACGACAAAGUGAUGUUUUAAGUUCGCUGUUAUAUUUAGAUCGUAGUUUAUUACCCAAUUUAUUUGUUAACCGGACGUAUAAGUCGUUAGUUUGAGUCCCCCAUUCUUUAAAAGCAUGAAGGAAAUAUCUUUGAACCUGCUUUUUAUUGGGAUACUUUUUUGCUAAUAUAUGGACCAAAGUAAUGCAAAAUACGGUUUACACCCAAACGGCAGUAUUGAUUUAGACCAAGUGUUAAAUUCUAAAAAUGAAAGAAAAACUGCAGCCAGAAGACGAUGGGCCAUCUUAGCCAGGGCUCUAAAGAGUCCAACUGGCAGUGAACCAUCCAGUCCAACUGAUGAAUUCUCUGUCCGUCGGAUAUCUUCCUUCAUGCUUUUAACCACACAACAGUUGCCAAAUAUUCCCUUUGAUGUGAAUGAAAGAAUGGAUGAUUAUGUCUUAGAGCAGGCAAAAAAGCGAUCGUGGUACAAAUAUUCCAUGCACAUUAACAAUAUCGAGUACUUUUUGGUUAUUGGACAUCGUAACAGAACAUUCUCAGCUGAAGACCUCAUGGGCUUCAACAACACAGGAAAUAUUUGUAUUUGGCCAUCUGAGGAGACCCUUUGCUAUUAUAUUGGAUCAAAUUUUGAUUUAUUUGAAGGGCUGACUAUUGGAAAUCACAAUCGAGAAAAUAUUGCGACUUUUGUAAAUGUUGGAUUGCUGACAACAAACCGAGCGUCGAAUUUCAUGAGAAAGGCAGACGACACAAGAACAAUGUUGCAAAAAGGAUCAAUACGAUUCAGAGGAAUGCCAGAAAGGAGGAACGGGAAUCCCAGAAGACGGAUCAGAUGAUGAAGCAGAUGGAAUCUGCGGCUUUGGCGGCUUAUCGAAAAGAUGUUGAAAAUAGUGCAGAUUUUUCUUCGGUAGCAUUGAAAGAAAAAUUGAAACAGGA